AAAUAAAAGAAAAUGGCGAAUUAUUUUGGUGAUGGACGGUUGUUCUUUUCUCUCAAAAAAAGUGUUUUUCCGAUUUAUGUGAUUAACAAAUUCAAUUUCAUUUAAAAAAACAAACUAACACGCUCUAAAAUAACCAAUUCUAUGCAAAAAUCCCUCAAUCAAACAUUCAAAAUGCUUCCUGAAGCAUAAAUCCCAACUAAAUCUCACGUGAUAAUCGCCAAAAACAACCCACAAAAUAAAAUCCUUAUUGGCCAAGAACAAAACGAACGAACGAAUUUGCUUUUGCGAAUUCCUUUAAUAUUUUUCGCCGUUUUUCUAUUUUUCUAUUAUGAUAUUGUUUUAUUUUGUAGUUUUAAUUAGAGUCCAUAUAUAUUGUAAUCCAUUGAUUGGUGAAGAAAUAAAAUGAUUCUAUUUUACAAAGUGAUUGAGUUGAAUGUGAAAAUCCACAGUUUAUUGAUUGUUUAAGUUUAAAUCAAAUUUGGAAGCAGGGAAACGCGUAAUUUGAGAUUUUUCUUGGUUUUUCGUGGUUGUGCCUCUUGAAAUCGUGGUUGCCUCCCUCCUUCGCGAAGAAUUUAAGUUGUAUUUAUAUAUUUGGAAGGAAAAAAAUGUAUUCUAAAAGGAGAAUAUCUCAAGAAAGACCAUCAACAUUCGCGAUGGUCAACACCUUGCUGCGACUGUGUGUGGCUGUGGUUGCUCUGCAACAGCCCUUGACUGUUUUUGGUGGGUUAACGCAAAGAGUUGUUCUCAUCGGAGUGACUGACUUAAAUGAAACUAUUCCCAAUGUAGGCUAUCCCAGGGGUACCACACCAACAACAGCCACGACGACGGCGACGGCAACUUCCAAUUCCAGUGAAGUAUCCACGCCUCUAUCUCGAGUUAGUGCCACUAUCAGCAGCAACAGAAGUGAACAGAACAACAACAACAGAACCCUUACUAUCGUCAGUGGUGGUUACAGAAAUAUAUCGUCAUCAACAUUGUCAACAACAACACCUACUGCCCUCACAGGUUUGGUAAUUCCGACAAGAGCCAGCAGUGUCCGUGAGCGAUCAGCUGCAAUAACAACAGCAGUGGCUCCAGCAGCACAACACAGAUCCAGAUACAAUGCCGAAAGCAGUAAUAGCAGCGAACAGCCCAUUCAAACGCUGCCAAUGCUCUCCAGUUAUGGCAAGAAGAAAGAUAGAAUUUUAAAAUGCCAUUGCGACAUCUGCAAAGAGAGCAACAAUAUCUGUGAGACUGAUGGCCUCUGUUUUACAUCUGUUGAACUUAGUAAAGGAACUGUUACAUUUAGUUACAGGUGCCUCCCUAAAAAAUAUGAUCUAGAAAGAGCACCCAUUGAAUGCCUGUCGAAUAAGGAGAAAAAGAAUGUCUAUAGGAUCGAGUGUUGUGAUACAGACUUCUGCAAUCAAAAUGAAAGAAUAAAGGACUUCGGCGGAGGUAUAGAAGUCAUUCCUGAACCAAGCAUAAGCACAUGGCAAUUAGUGUUUGUGAUUUUUGGAGCAACGCUCUUAGCUUGCCUCUCGAUUUUCCUGACUUGGUGCUUUUAUCAAAAACGAAAACGUUCCGCCAGCCGUAGGCCAUUUGCUGUUGAAGAUUCUGUCUAUGAUCCGAUUUUGAAUGGAAACACAAUUCAGGACAUCAUUGAAAUGACUACGUCAGGGUCUGGUUCUGCCGGUCUUCCGCUGCUGGUACAGCGAUCUAUAGCCAGACAAAUUCAAUUGCAUUGUGUCAUUGGAAAGGGUCGUUUUGGUGAGGUGUGGCGUGGUCGUUGGCGAGGAGAGAAUGUCGCUGUAAAGAUAUUCUCCAGUCGCGAGGAAUGUUCUUGGUUUCGAGAAGCAGAGAUUUAUCAGACUGUUAUGUUAAGGCAUAAGAAUAUAUUAGGAUUUAUUGCAGCAGAUAAUAAAGAUAAUGGUACAUGGACUCAACUAUGGUUGGUAACGGAUUACCAUGAAAAUGGUUCCCUCUUUGACUAUCUAACAUCUCACACGGUUGACACGAAGACAAUGCUUGGCAUGGCACUGUCCAUAGCCACUGGUCUGGCUCACUUGCACAUGGAUAUUGUGGGAACUCGCGGCAAGCCUGCCAUCGCUCAUCGUGAUUUAAAGUCGAAGAAUAUUUUGGUCAAGACAAAUUUGACUUGUGCUAUUGGUGAUUUGGGAUUAGCCGUUCGACAUGUGGACAAAGAUGAUUCAGUUGAUAUCCCCUCGAAUCAUCGAGUCGGCACAAAGCGAUACAUGGCACCGGAAGUGCUGGACGAUAGUAUUAAUUCGCAACACUUCGACUCGUUCAAACGGGCCGAUGUGUAUGCCUUUGGACUGAUACUGUGGGAGGUAGGAAGACGAUGUAACAUCGGUAUGAUAUACGAUGAGUAUCAAUUGCCGUACUAUGAUGUUGUGCAACCAGAUCCCACCAUCGAUGAGAUGAAAAAGGUUGUUUGUACGGAUAAAAUGCGUCCAAACAUUCCAAACCGAUGGCACGCAUCGGAAGUGCUACACAGCAUGGCAAAAGUAAUGAAGGAAUGCUGGUAUCCAAAUCCAGCGGCGCGUCUAACAGCUUUACGAAUAAAGAAAACACUGGCAAACAUAAGUGCCGAGGAGAAAGUUUAAAACUUUUAUCAUUCAGGUAUAAAAUUAAAAUUAAAAAUUAAAACAAAAGAAAAAUGUAAAUGUAUUGUAAAUAUUAUAAUUAAAAAAAGCAUAAAAUUAAUAAGAUUAAAUCGAUAGAAAGCGAGAGUAAGAAAUGAUUUUAUGAGAGAAAGAGAAAAAGAAAAGAAACAAAAUUAAAAUUGUGCAUUGUAUGAGGAUUUACACAUUUAAAAUUUAAUUUAUUUAAAUCUUAAAGAUUAAAAACAAAAGCAAAACAAAAAAAAAUAUUUAUAUACACACAAAAUAUGCAUAAUUUUAUAAAUAUAUAUAUAUAUUAUAUAUACAUAGUUUAUAGUUACUUAAGCAGAGUAUUCAUAGCAUCCUGAACUAUUUGACUUUUAAGUAGAUUGUAAGUUUUGUUUUUAAAUUUAAUUAAACCAAUUCUUAACAACAAACAAAAAUAUCUUUUAUCCUAUGUAAAAAAAUACUUGUUUAGUUUCUGUUUUAUACCUUAAACUUUAAAAUUAUUCCCACUCAGGUCUAUAAAAUAGAGUAUGAAAAAAUAAUCAAAUAAAACUUUUUAUCCUUUUUUUUUAAAGUUGUUCCUUGUUUUGUAUAAUCUUUUUUUAAAUAAGCUUUGUUUCUUUACACUUCUCAUAUUGAUUUUAUAGACACUUUAUUCGUAAAGUUUUCUUACAAGUUCAGUGGUAGUUUAUGAAGGUAUUUGUUUUUUUUUUUUUUAUAAUAGGACUUUAAAUAGAAGUGAAAUCUUUCGUGUUUCAAUAUGAAUUAAGCUAAAUUUGAACUCAAUGACUGCCAAGCUUAUGUUUGCUUAUGUUUUAUGCUGGGUGCCAGACCUAUUCUUGUAAUUUAAAUAUAGAAAAACAUUGUGUUUAAGUAAUCAUGGAUUUAUUAAGAGGGUUCAUUGCUACGAAUUUGCAAGCCUUGCUUGGGUUUUAAAAUUAAAAAAGCUAAACUACUUCUUUCAAUUUUAUGUGAUUUUGCCGUGUUCUAGUUUCAAUCAUUUUUAUGCUUAACGGAGGCAAAGAAAUCAUUUUAAAAUGUAAUUAGACAAUUUUUUUUAAGAAGUAACA